CAUUAGCAAUACCAAUAUUGAUAGAAAAGUUGGGCGACAUUAAACUAAAGAAAAGUGCAGGAGACGCAUUAACGGCUUUUACCGAAAAAAUAUCCUUACAAUUUGUAUUUUCGCAAGCAUAUGAUCCAUUGCGUAAAGCAAAAGCACCUAAGAUAUUAGCUGAUAGUUUAACAUGGAUGCAUGGUGCUAUUAUGGAAUUUGGAAUAGCAGCUCUUCAAGUGCGUGAGUUGAUUGAAUUUCUCAAAUUCGCAUUAAGCAGUUCUAAUGCGGCUGUUCGCACAAAUUCUGUCACUGUUUUGGGAGCUUUGCGCGUUUUUGUAGGACCAGAUAUAAGAACAUUUGUUCAAGACUUAAAUCCUACACAACUAGCCACAAUUGACAGUGAAUUUGAGAAAGUAGCCGAUAAAGCACCUCCAAAAGCAUUAAAAACAAGCGUCGAUGUUAUAAGCACAGGAGGUAGUGGGAAAGAUACUUUAGAAGAAUUGUUUCCUAAAGUUGAUAUUAGCGCACAAUUUACUAGUAAAAUGAUGGCAGAAUGUAACGAUGAUAAAUGGAAAGUUCGAAAGGAUGCACUUGAUCAAGUUCUUGCUAUUGUUGAUGCUAAUAAGAAAAUUAAACCGAGCUUAGGUGACUUCAUUCCUAUCCUGAAAGCGAGGCUAUCAGAUAGUAAUAAAAACUUGCAAAUGAUGGCUUUGGAUAUAACUGCCAAGCUUGCUACUGCGAUGGGCAAGCCAUUUGACAGGCAUGUUAAAAUAUUAGUAGCACCAGUCACUGCUGUUCUUACAGAUAAAAAAGCAACAGUCCGCGGCAGUGCUAUUGGCACUUUGGAUGCUUUAGCAAAUGCUUGUGGGCUCGAUCCUUUAAUUGGUUCAUUUUCAACAAGUCUUGCAACUGAUAAUCCUUUAUUAAGAAAAGAUCUAUUGAUGGAUGGUGGUCAACAAUUAUCAAAAGCGCUUAAUGUCUCAAUGGUUAAGGUACUUGAAAAUAGCAAUCGUAACAGAACGUAUAGCGCACUAAUCUCAAUACUAGAAAAAUCAUCAUCUAAUUUGCGUGAAGUUGAUGCAGCUACAGCUACCACACAAACAAAGUUUACUGAACUAAUUAUGAAAUGUUUAUGGAAACUAGCAAAGACAGUUCAAGAUAAUUUGAAGGCUGGUAUCCUUUCACCGAAUCAAUUAUUACGUGAUCUCAAUAGCUUCUUUUUAGCAACACCACCAGCUGAAUGGAAAAGACGAGCAGCAGAAAAGGUACCAUUAGGCGAAAUGCCUUUACGUACGGUUAAAACAUUGUUACUUGAAUUGGUAACAGGUCUUGGUGAUAAUGUAUACGAACAUUUAGAUCUUAUUGAAGAUCCACAAAGGAGUUAUGUUUAUCCUUAUUUGCAUCAUAUGAUUGAGGCUACUAAGAAGAAGGAUAAGCUAGCUAAUAAUUCAACAAUCGCUUACAAUCAUAUAUCAAGUCGUUCAUCUUCAAUUUCAUCAGUCCGAUCUUUUAGUUCACCCGGUUCCGACUUGACACUUGCCACUACAGAUACUGCAAGAUCUUCUCCCUUAAACGAAGCUUCAAUUAAGAAUAAUUCAUCGGCAAAAAAUUCAUCAUCUAGAAGUUCUCCACCAGCUAGAAGUUCUCCAGUACCCGAAGUUCCUGGUCAUAUUAAUGAAACAAUGUCAAAUGCUUCAGAGCCAGUAAGUCCAGCGUCACCACGCACUCCGAUGACUCCGAAAUUCCCUACACCAACUAGUAGUGCACGUUCAUCAGGCUCACAUGAAGUAGAAAUGAAUGCACGGCUGACUCAAAUUUUCCUUAAAAUUGGAACGAGAGAAGAAACGAAAAAGGGUAUUUAUGAAUUAUAUGAAUUUCAAAAACUACACCCUGAAAUGGAAGGCAAGAUAACAACACAGUUAUCUAGGACAGGUCCAUAUUUCCAAAGUUAUAUUCGCCGUGGACUUGCCAACAUUGCUAUAGAAGAAGAAGAAAAGGAAAGAGCUAAUGUUAUCGCGGAAGUUAAAAAUCUCUUUCCUCAAAAUUCAAAUAAUCAUGAUAAAACGGAGGAUAAUAUAAUUCCAACAGAAGAUGAUCAACGUAAAAUAAAACUUUUGAGGCUACAACAAAUAUUUGGUUUUCAAGCCAUAAAUGAAAUAAAUGAAGAGAACGAAAAUAUCAGUUAA